AACAAUCAAUCAUAAAACUAAACAAAAGUGUUAGUAAUUUCAGCGCUGCCAACAUAUUGUGACCAUAAACAAAAAUAAAAAAAACUCGUUGUGUUAUUUUUGAACAGUAUUAACCAGUUAUGGGGUAAUUACAAUGUGAUAAACGAUUCACCGGCUGUUUUACAGUGUUUUUAUAUAGUUUAUGCAAGAUUUUAACGAAAGUGUAUAAAAAAGUGAGGUUAUGUAAGUAAGAUUGUGUUGAGGGUUUUUAUCCAAAAACCUGGAUUAGAGUUUUUUACGAAAAAUGGUAAUAAACCGUGGCGAUAUGAAACGCAAACGCCGCGACGAGUGCUCAUCCCCCUUACUCGACGAAAGCCCCAAAAGGACUAAAGUGCACGCCCAACGUAAAUUCGCCCAAGGUUCCAACGUGAACAGCCCCGUAAUCACCCCAGUCAAAGAAAUCGAGAAACAAGAAGUUGACGUUCUCCCCGAACCCGUCGAGCUUCUCCCCAUCAAAAGACCCAACACUGAAGACUUUUUAACGUUUUUGUGCUUCCGUGGGACCCCAAUUCUCCCCCCAAGCUUGAAUUUCUUCAACACAGCAUCGAUAGUGGACACCAAUGGUCAAGUCCAUGAAAUCAAGAGUGAAUCCCCGAAAAACGGCCCCAUUGACACCUCUGCGAUCGCAAAAGCGGGCACGGGGUCCUCUGAACGGCCGUUUAUCGCUUUUGGGGUCCGCAAACGCGCAGACCCCAUCGUAAUCAGCCGACAAAUGGACAAAAAACGGCGUCAUGCUCUAGCAUUGCAAGCUUUGAGGAGGAAAUACCAGGAGCAAAGAAUGGCGAAAAUUCGUGCAGUUACCAUAAGUAAAUUGUCGGAAAAAGUCGCGAGUAAAACUCUGGUUAGGUCGAAUUCAGUGUCGAAAACCGAAACGGUUAAGAAAAACGCCACGAUUCAGAAAAGUAAAGUUAGCGUUGAGACGAAACAAGUGAAAGUUGCAACGCGUUCGGUUAAAACCGCCUUGCGGCCGCAGAUUAAACAAAAAAUGUGUUUGCGUAGUUUCAGAGGGAGGUUUGUGCAAAAAGAAUUGCAGUUUAGAAACGUGAAGAAAAGGCCGAUGCCACCGGUUAAAAAACCGAUUAAAAAGAGUGAAGAAUCGAGUGAAUAUUCGUCCGAUGAUGAUAAACCGCUUUCGAAAACGUCGCAAAAUGCGAAAGUGGUUCCGAAAGUGGCGAAAAAGUCGGCCCCGGGACCCAAAAAACCAAUAGAAAUCAAUUUCAGAAUAACGCGCUCGAAUAAGUUUUUGAAUAACAAAAUGGUUUCAAGACGACAACAGAUUAAACAACGAAUGUUGUUAUCAACACCGAAAACAACAGUCAAGCCUAGAACUUUAAGAUCGCAAACUGCUCAAAAAUCGAAGAUCGAGACAGCCAAAAAAGUUUUAAUCAAAAGCAAAGAAAAGAAAGUAAAGGAACUUGAAACGAAAAAAGAAAUGAAAAAGUCUGAUCGUUUGAAAAAAGAAUUGGAAAAACCACCAAUUGUCAAAAAAGAUGUUGAUAGUGGGAAAAAAGCUAAAAUCAUUCCAAAACCAACGCCAAAAAAAGAGGAAAUCUCAAAAGACAUAAAGAAGAAACCUGUAAUGAAGAAAACUGCUCAAAAACCGCCUGAAAAUCCAACACGCAAAGACUCGACUAAAAAAACAGAUGAAGAGAAAAAAAUCGACAAAACACCCGAAUCAAAAGAAAAUCUUGAAUCGAGAACAUCUCAGAGACCGACUCGAAAAACCAAAGAAGCUGCUGCCAUCUACAUGGAAAUUCUUAGUCACAAAUUGGUGAAUGAGAGUCGACUCGACGACGAUAAUGUCUCAAUUGAUAGUUUCCCAGAAUUGCCAAAUGUGAAAAAAACCGAACAGAGAGAAAACGAAUUGAAAGCGAAAGCAAAAUCAACAAAAACAUCUGAAAGUGAAAGUGAUACGAAAAAAACCCCAAAGAAGGAGGUGGAGGUUGAAAGUAAGGUUUUGAGGUCUGGAAGUGAGAAGAAGAAAGAAGUGAAGAAAGAAGUAAAAAGUGAAGAACCGGUUUGUGAUCGCAAAACACGAUCAGCGGUUGCCUCACCCUUGGAACUUAAAGUUCACAUAAAUGCGAUUGAGGUCGCUUCAGAGAAGAAGAAAGAGAAGAAAUGUAAAGAUGAUGAAAUUUCAGUUUCAGAUAUUUCAGACAGCAAUUUUAAAAUGAAAGAUAAAAAUGGAAAAGCGGAUGAAGGGACUAAAAGACAAACUAGAAACUCGUCCCAAAACAUCAGACAUUUGGAUACUGAUGAUUCCGAUGAGUCAUUUUGGGCCGAUAUAAGAAUACCGAGGAAAAAACAAAUAACCAGAAGUAAAGUCUCAAAAAAUUGUGACAGUGAGAACGAUAAAAACUCUCUAAAAAAAUCAUUAAGAACGAAUUCGAGGAGUUACAGAGAGUGUAGUUCGAGUGAAUCUGACCAAUCCACCACUUCGGAUGUGAAACCUACAAUAAUUAAUAAAAAUAAAAAAUUUACAAAAACAAGAAGUCAACAAAAAGAGGAACAAAGUUUCAGCGAUUCGGACGAAGAACCACUUUCAAAGUUAACACAAAAUAAAACUAGUGAUAGUAAAGAUGUUGUAGUUAAGGAAGAAUCUAAAACUAGUAAAGUUUGUAAAGAAAAUGAAGAAAAAGAAGCAAAACCGAAACGCGAAUGCGCUAAACGCCCCCAAAACUAUCUCCCAAUGUUUUCAUCAUCAGACGAAGAAGAAAACUACUUUCAAGGUUUCAAACCAAAACUUGAAAAACCUAAAAUUACUAAACUUCCAUCACCUGGCUGUUCACACAAAACCACUGUUGACCUUAAAGACAUUAGUCGACGUUUCGGUAAAGAAAAAGUCAACAUGUCGACCGAACAGAUCGAAAAGUGGCUUAAAGAUUCUGCCAUGGCUGGAAAUAGUGUCAAAAACGAAAAUGACGCCAUGUUGAAAUUCGGCGAAAAAAUACCAACUGAAACUUCACACAGUGUUGCCAAUUCCAUCGAUACAGAGAAACUCAAAUCGUUGCUUAUUACCAACAUUGAAAAGAAAAAAGUGUCACUGAAAAGCCCACCGAGCGAAAUUAAAGUCAAACCGAUAAUCACAGAUCGGAAAUUAAUCUUCCGAAAUAAGGAUAAAGUCGGGAUUGUGGGGGUUUCCCCGAACGUUAAUGCCUUUUCCGUCAGUAACGAAAGUAGUGUUUAUGCUUUCGGUGAGGAGGAAGACAUGAUGAAAACACCCUUCAGAAGGCCGACACGAAGGCCUUCAAGUACCGCCACUUCAAGAUCAGAAGACGAGUCUUCAAAAUUUGAAGAAUUUUCCAAAAGUGGUGGUCAAUUCCGGAAGCCCUCACUGGUCAAACAAGAUUCCGAAGAUAAUUUACCACUUGGUAGCACCGAAGAUAGCCCUUUCUAUAUCCCGCAAAGAGUCUCGAAACCAAAAAAAUCAAUGGUACCACCAAAACCUCCCCUCAAACAAACCCCCAAAUCGUGCAAUUCCGACGUUUCGGAAGAAUUUAAAUACAAAGUUCCAAGUUCUCCAAGUGCUAGUUCUUCAUCUAGUGCUAAAUUAUACAAACGACAAGGAACUAAACCAAAACUCCGGGCCAGUGAAAUGAUUCCGGUUAAGCUCCCGGAUUUUCCAAUAAAUAGUGCACAGUUAGUGGAAGCACCCACUUUUCAUCCUAGUGAAAAGGAGUUUCAAGAUCCUUUAGAAUAUAUCGAGAAGAUUCGACCCAAAGCCGAACAAUUUGGUAUUUGUCGAAUAGUACCACCUAGUACUUUUAAACCAGAAUGUAAAGUCACUGAUGAUAUGAGAUUUACUGCAUAUAAUCAAUAUGUUCAUAAAAUGUUACAUCGAUGGGGGCCGAAUUUCAAAGAGUUGAUGGCGAUUAAAAAGUACCUCUCGACGCAAAAUAUCAAUUUGACUCAUCCACCAUGGAUUGGCGGUAUGGAAAUCGACUUGCCACGUCUUUACCAAACCGUGCAAUCCCUUGGCGGUCUCAAAGAAGUCAUUGAGAAAAAAAAAUGGCCCAAAGUUUCCGAUCUUAUGAAAAUACCAAAGUCGGCACAAGACAGAGUUACAAAACUAGACGAUAUUUAUUGUAAAUAUCUCUUACCCUAUGACACUUUAUCACCUGCUGAAAGAGAAAAACUGUUUGAUGAAGUCGAAACUGAAUGGGCAAAACGCGAGUCAAAAUCACUUUUAAAAGCCCAACAAAACAUCGACGAUAACAACACCGAAAUCGAAUCGGAAUCUGACGAUGAAGCUGAAGAAUGUAUCGUCAAAGGUCGAAGUAUGGCCUUGAAUGCGUUUUACCGAAUUGCAAGAAAUACAAUGAGUAUGUGGUUUAGGACUUGCGAACCGCCGGCUGAAGAGGUUGAGCAAGAGUUUUGGAAACAUGUGACUGUGAAACAAAAUCAUAUUUGUGUCCAUUCGGGGUCUAUCGAUUCCGGGAAUUGGGGUUAUGGGUUUGCUGUUUCGAAAAAUAGCCCCUUUGCGAGACACGCAUGGAAUCUUAAAGUACUAACAAAUAAUAGUGGAUCAGUAUUAAGGUCUAUGGGUCCAGUCAUGGGAGUCACAGUACCAACCUUACAUGUUGGAAUGGUGUUUAGUUCGUGUUGUUGGUACCGUGACCCUCAUAGCCUACCAUGGAUCGAGUAUUUGCACACUGGGGGUAACAAAAUCUGGUAUGGUAUCCCCGAUUCGACUAGUGGGGCUUUUCACACCGCUUUGAAAACUCUAGUACCGAAUUAUUGCCGCAAUAAGAGUCUCUGGUUACCAUCGGAUACAGUAAUGGUACCACCGAAUCUCCUAGUCGAAAAUGGAGUCUCAUUAUCACGAAUUGUGCAAGAACCAGGACAAUUUAUUAUAGUCUUUCCUAAAGCAUUCACAUCGAGUUUGAGUACCGGUUAUGUGGUAUCUGAAAGUGUCUAUUUUGCGCCUUCCUAUUGGCUGAAAACCGGUAGACUUGUCUUUAACGAAAUGCGAAACAGUUGCGAACCUUCAAUGUUUUCAUUUGAUCGGCUUUUGUUAAGUAUAGUCAAUGAUGCGAGGACAAAUGUGGAAGUUUUGAAACAGAUUAUACCAUCUGUUCAGGAACUUUGUGAUAAGGAGAAAUCAGCAAGAGAAAGGGUUAAAAAUUUAGGAGUUUCAGCUACGGAAAAACUGCCCCUACCUGAUGCACCCAAAAAGAAAAAGAAGCUUCAUAACGAAGAUGGAGAAUAUGAGUGUGAAAUAUGUCGAAUGAAUCUUUUUGUUUCAAUGGUAAUUGAAUCACAGGAGGACUUGGUUUAUUGUCUAGAUCACGCAGCCGAACAAAUUGAACAAAAGAAAAUACAAAACAAAAAUUGUACGUUGAAUUUUACGUACGAUGAUGAGGAAUUGGAUGGAUUAGUGGAUAAAAUCAAGACGGCGAUUUCUAACAAACUGCAAAAGAAAGUACCUAACAAAUUUACAGGGUUGCCAACGUUACUCAAAUAAUUUCGCAAAUAUUUUAUUGUAGAUUGAUGUAUUAUUUUUUGUGUGGAUUUUACUUUACAUAAAUAAUUUUUAAACAUA